AUGGGCAGCUUCCAGCCAGGCGCCAUCGUCAGGGUCACCGUGCGCAACUUCGUCACAUACGAACACGCCGUCUUCUUGCCCGGUCCCAAUCUCAACAUGGUCAUCGGCCCCAACGGCACCGGAAAGAGCUCUCUAGUAUGUGCCAUCUGUCUUGGCCUUGGCUACAGCCCCCGACACCUGGGUCGCGCGGGUCAGGUCAAGGAGUUUGUCAAGCACGGCAAGGACACGGCCACCAUCGAGAUUGAGCUCUACAAACGACCCCAAGAUCGCUCCAACUUUGUCAUUCGAGUCCAGAUCCGCCGCGAGCAGAACAUUCAGAAAUGGUGGCUCAACGGCAAGGAGACGACGCUCAAGAAGAUUCAGUCGUUGAUGCAUGCGCUCAAGAUCCAGGUCGACAAUCUUUGCCAGUUUCUCCCGCAGGACAGAGUCGUCGAGUUCGCCGCCUGCACGCCAGUGCAACUACUACACGAGACUUUGCGUGCGGCUGCUCCCGAGGAGAUGCAGGAGUGGCAUUCGCAGCUCCAAGGCCUGCACAAAGACAAGAAGGAAAUGGCUGACACGGUGCUCGCGGAUGCUGAAACUCUGAAGAACCUCCAGUCUCGUCAACAAGGCUUGCAAGCAGACGUGGAUAGAAUCCGCGAGCGAGAAGUGAUUCAGGAGCGGGUCGAAGACCUGAAAUGCGCCCUUGUAUUUGCCCAAUAUCAAGAGGCUCGAAACGACUAUAAGGAUGCUAAGAACCGCAAGAAGGAGGCCGAGAACAAGCUGAGGCGCCUGGAAAGAGAGAGCGGCCCUUCAUUAGAGGCAGUCAACCAAAAGCAAGUUUAUGCUCGAGCGAUUGAGGCUGCCAUACCACCGAGAACCAAAGCCGUCAAGGAUGCACAGUUGGCUGUGCAAGUCUUGGCGCAGGAGAUCAGCGCGGCGAUCGACGACGUCAAGGAGUGGUCGAACAAGAUCGGCGCUGAACGCAAGAGAUUCGACGAGAAGAAGAAAGAGGUCGCGGCAUCCAGAUUGAGAAUCACAACGCUACAAGCAGAACUGAAGAAACGACCAUCAGAAUUCAACGGAGCCGAAUGGAACCAAAAGAUUCGAGCCGAAGAACACAACCUGCGUGAAGUGGAAGCGGAGCAGCGUCGACUUCGCGAGGAGAUGGGCAGAGUCAAGGAUGAGGGGAAGAAGAAGCAGGAGGAGGCGCAUAAACUCAAGGCGGACAUAGAAGCCCUCGAUACACAAGAGGGCCAGCAGCUAAGCUUCAUGCGGAGGCACUUCCCGGAGCUCGCUCAGGCUUGGGACUGGGUUCAGGCGAACCAGCACGAAUUCGAAAAGGAGGUUUUCGGACCACCCAUGCUGUGCUGCUCGGUCAAGGACGAGCGCUUCUCCGACCAGGUUCAGGCUCUGUUGCAGCAAGACGACUUCCUCUGCUUCACGGCACAAACCAAAAAUGACUACAAGAAACUGACCAACCAGAUCUACCGCGAAAUGAGCUUAUCAGCCGUCGUCAGAACUUGUUUGCAGCCUCUGAGCGCCUUCAGGCCUCCGGUCAGCAACGAAGAAGCUCAGUCGCUUGGUCUGGAUGGGUUUGCCCUCAACUACCUGGAAGGCCCUGAGCCCGUCCUUGCCAUGCUCUGCGCUGAAAAGAGGCUACAUCAGUCCGGCAUCUCGCUGAGGGACCACAGCGAUGACGAGUACGAGAGACUCGUCCACAACGGCAAAAUCAAUCAAUGGACAGCCGGGAAGCAGCAGUACCAGGUUCGUCGACGGAAGGAGUAUGGUCCAAAUGCAAUGACAACAAUCACCAAGAGAAUCCAGCGGGGCAGGUUCUGGACGUCACAGCCCGUCGACUCGCAAGAAAAGGUUGAGUUGAAUAGGCGACUCACAGAGGUUCAAGGGGAAUUGGAGAUCUUGAAGACAGAGAUCAAGGAUCUGAGAGAAAAGAAUGGGCCCUUUGAGGAGCAAAAAGAGGUCCUGCAGAAGAAAAUAGAACAAUUGAGAAACGAAAAGAACGCGCUCCAGAGGGAGUUUAGCAAGUGGCAGUUGAUACCGCAAAAGCUAGAAUCCGAGGAACGGCACAAGGAAGCCAACGAAGAGGCCAUGCGUGAGGCGCGAGAAAAGAUUGUGGAUCACGGCUUUGAAUGGGAUAAGGCAGUGGUAGAGCGAGCGAAACUGGUUCUUCGCCAUCAAGAAGCUCUCGGCCAGGUUUCAAAGGCCCACGAAGCUCUUAUCGAGGCGAAGAUACGCCUCAUUGAGGCCAACUCCGACGUUGAGGGACUCAAGGCUCGCAAUUCUAACAUCAUGGAGGAGCUCGAAAACGAGAGGAGUAUUGUUCAGCAAGCUGCCGAAGAUAGCGCUCGUGCCAGAGAAUUAGCCACGCGGCUGGGCGACCAGGUUACGGAAAUCCUCCGCGACCACCGCGACAAGGCUGAGACAUACCACUCGCUGGUCAAUGAAAAGACGGCGGCGGAGAUUGGAAUGGAGAUCUCUGCCGAGGAGGCGAACCUCGAGCUCAUCCACGCAGCCAACCCCAACGUCAUCCGGGAGUUUGAGAAGCGCGAGCAGGAAAUCGCCAAGCUGCAGAAGAAGAUGGAGGCGGCGAACAACAAGCUCGUGUACUUGAGCGAGCAGCUGAGUGAUCUGAUGGGCAAGUGGGAGCCCCGGCUGGACGCCCUGGUGAGCAAGAUCAACGACGCCUUUGCCUACAAUUUCGAGCAGAUUAGCUGUGCCGGCGAGGUCCGCGUCAACAAGCACGAAGAUUUCGACCAGUGGGCCUUGGACAUUAUGGUCAGAUUCCGAGAAAACGAAACACUCCAGCAGCUCAACGCCCACCGGCAAUCCGGCGGCGAGCGCGCCGUCUCAACAAUCUUCUUCCUCAUGGCCCUCCAGUCGAUGGCGCAGUCGCCCUUCCGCGUCGUCGACGAGAUCAACCAGGGCAUGGACCCGCGCAACGAGCGCAUGGUGCACGAGCGCAUGGUGGAAAUCGCCUGCCGCGAGCACACGAGCCAGUACUUCCUCAUCACGCCCAAGCUGCUCACGGGCCUGCGGUACGACCCCAAGAUGAGGGUGCUGUGCAUCGCGAGCGGGGAGCACAUGCCCGAGGACGGGACGAAGCUGGAUUUUGGCAAAUGUUUGAAGAUUCAGAAGAGGCUUAUGGCGGCUGCGGCCUGA